AUGGGGAGGGAGGUGGAGAAGGGCGAUCGUUCAUUGAAGAAGAAGAAGAAGAAGAAGAAGAAGAAGAACCAGAAGAAGAACCAGAAGAAGAACCAGAAGGAGAAGAAGAAGAACCAGAAGGAGAAGAAGAAGAACCAGAAGAAGAAGAACCAGAAGAAGAACCAGAAGAAGAACCAGAAGAAGAAGAACCAGAAGAAGAACCAGAAGGAGAAGAAGAAGAACCAGAAGAAGAAGAAGAAGAACCAGAAGAAGAACCAGGAGAAGAAAAACCAGAAGAAGAACCAGAAGAAGAAGAACCAGAAGAAGAACCAGAAGAAGAACCAGAAAGAGAAGAAGAAGAACCAGAAGAAGAACCAGAAGAAGAAGAACCAAAAGGCUCCCAGAGCAAAGAAGAAGAAGAAGAAGAACCAGAAGAAGAAAAACCAGAAGAAGAACCAGAAGAAGAAGAAGAACCAGAAGAAGAACCAGAAGGAGAAGAAGAAGAACCAGAAGAAGAAGAAGAACCAGAAGAAGAAGAAGAACCAGAAGAAGAAGAAGAAGAAGAAGAAGAACCAGAAGAAGAAGAAGAACCAGAAGAAGAACCAGAAGGAGAAGAAGAAGAACCAGAAGAAGAACCAGAAGAAGAAGAACCAAAAGAAGGAAAAGAAGGAAGAAGGCAGGAAAAAAAAGAAAUCAGAUGGAAGGGAGAGGGGAGGGAAGCAAAGGUGUCCUUUGGGGUGA